UUUGUGCCCGCCCCGGAAGCCGGAGCGGUGCGGCGUUGCCGUGCCCUCGGCGGGGACAUGGUGCAGCUUAGCGUACCGCUGUGGCUGCGCAGCCGCCUGACCGAUCGCUUCUGGAGGGUGCAGGAGGUGCUCAAGUAUGCCCGGCAUUUUCGUGGAAGGAAGAACCGCUGCUAUAAGUUGGCUGUACGAAAUGUUCAGAGAGCUUUUGUGAAGUCAACAAAGGCCAGGAAGCAGAAGAAAAGGUUCCUAAGAGCGCUCUGGAUCACCAGGAUCGAAGCAGCUUCUCUUGAACAUGGUUUGAAGUACUCAGCUUUCAUAAGCAAUCUGUUUAAGACCCAGGUGGAGCUGAACAGGAAGAUGAUCGCGGAUUUGGCCAUUUAUGAACCAAAGACAUUCAAGUCUCUGGCUGCUUUAGCCCAGAGGAGGAGGCAGGAAGGUUUCCUUGCAGCCCUGGGAGACGGGAAGGAACCAGAGGGGAUAUUCUCCCGUAUUGUACACCACUAUUGACAUCAACACCUGCAGAUGGGCAUCGUGAUGUUAAAAUGUAUAUAGCAUACGUAUACCUUCUGUUACAGACCUAAUAAAUCGUCUUUUUUAUUAAGAACCGUUGGAAGAA